UGGGAGGUGCCUAAUCUCAUAGAACCCCCACUCUGGCAAAGCACUGGGGGAACAGGACCGAGACAGGCAGGCAGGCAGGCAGGUCCAGAUUUCUUUGGCCAACACGCCACACGCUCUGCAAUUGUGCGAGGAGCCAAGGGAGGAGAGGCCAUGGCCGGCAACCUCACUGAGCUGGAGGAGGCCCUCCUGACACUGGUGAGGAACUACGACAAAUACGCCGAGAAGUCCUUUUUCCUCAGAUACUUUUUCGGGAAACAGGGCAAGAUCAGCAAGGAAAAUUUCGGGAAGAUGCUCAACGAGGAGCUCAGCCACAUGUUGUCGAACACCGACAACAAGACCGCCACCCAAGGAAUGUUUGCUGACAUGGAUUUAGAUGAGGACGGGAAAAUGAGCUUUGACGAAUAUUGGAGGCUGAUUGGUGGCAUCAUCAACCAACUUUUGCACGUGAAGCAACAGAAUCAGGAGCUUGAUGGAUGAUGGAGCAUGAGAGCCCGCAGGAGAGAACAUGUCAGUGCUCCCCCACCCCAACCGAGGCCCCCGCCCCAUUCUGACCCUGCCUUAACUUUGCCAUCGUUCCUGCUCCCCCUACUGGCUGGGCUGCACAGGACAUUUCCCAAUGGCAGAUCUUCUGGAAGCCAAACAUGGACCUGUCCGUAGAAAUUGCCUGUCCGUCUGUUGAAUGGCUUUUGUACGGCUGCACUCGGGA